AUGACGGCUCUGGCCCAUAUUCUCACACUGCUCACCGCGGCCGCGGCACCAGUGACGGCUCUGACGCCACUGUAUUCGACUUACACCUUCAACCCGCUCGAGCACCUCGCCGGUGUAGCGCCCUACUUCGAGCCGCAGGAUCCUCCGACCUCGCCCGAUCCUCCUCGCGGCUGUUCCCCUGCGCGCGCCGCAUACCUCGUGCGGCAUGCCGCCAUAUAUGCGAAUGAUUACGACUACGAGGAGUACAUCGAGCCUUUCCUGUCCAAGCUCGAAAACACGACCGUCGACUGGGCCAAGAUCCCGUCGCUCGAUUUCCUGGCUGGGUGGAAACCGCCCUUCUCCGACAAAGAGGUCGAGCUACUGACCCGCGUCGGCCGGCUUGAGGCGGCACAACUCGGCGUGAGCCUAUCCUUUCGCUAUCCGGGCCUCAAGACCCCGUCGCAGGUUUGGACCUCUUCCGCCGAGCGCACGCUCAAGUCGGCUCGGGCAUUAGCCCGCGCCUUCGCCGUCGAUGACGACCAGCCUAUCGACGUCUCCUCCAUCUACGAGUCCAAAGAGGCCGGCGCGGACAGUCUGACCCCCUACAAGAGCUGCCCGGCCUACUCGUCCAGCGCCGGCUCCGACCAGUCGGACGAGUACGUGCAAAAGUUCACCGCCCCCAUAGCCGCCCGCCUCAACUCGCUCGCGCCUGGCGGCUUCAACUUCACCGCCGACGACGUGUACGGCAUGAUGGAGCUGUGCGGCUACGAGACGGUCGUGCGCGGCAGCUCACGGUUCUGCGACCCGGACCUCUUCUCGCCGGACGAGUGGCUGCAGUGGGAGUACUCGGCCGACGUGCAGUACCACUACAACUCGGGCUACGGCAAUCCCAUCAGCGGCGUGGUGGGGCUGCCUUGGCUGAAUGCAACGGCGGGUUUGCUGCUGUCCAGCCCCCAGACCAAUGCCGCUUCCGACGAUCGCAAGGCCCAAGAUCUGUACAUCAGCUUCACCCACCGUGAGCUCCCACCCAUGGUCCUGGUCGCCAUGGGCCUGUUCAACAACUCCGAGUUCGACGGCGCUCUGGCCGAGGCCCGCAUCAACGACACCAUGCCGCUUGACCGCAUCAACCACCGGCGCGCUUGGAAGAGCUCGCACGUGUUGCCCUUUCUCAGCAAUAUUGCCGUCGAGAGACUCGACUGCACCCAGAGCUAUGGCUUUGACGACGGCGAGUACUACCGCGUACUGGUCAACAAUGCCCCCCAGGAGCUUCCGGCUUGCGGGGAUGGUCCGGGCCAGAGCUGCUCGAGACAGGGAUUUGAAGAGUAUCUGCGAACGAGGGCCGAGCUCUUUUCCGGGUUUUCGGACAAGUGUGGUGUCAAAUAUGACAACUCGACGGACACCCUGGGCAUCUACUCGAGAUCGAAAUGA